AUGACUGACCCUCCAGAGAAAAGACAGAGAGUCCCAUCCGCAUAUAACCGAUUCAUCAAGGAGGAGAUCCAACGCAUCAAAGCUGGUAAUCCUGAUAUAAGCCACAGAGAAGCCUUUAGUGCUGCUGCCAAGAAUUGGGCCCACUUCCCCCACAUACACUUCGGGCUCGUGCCAGACAAUCAACCCGUGAAGAAAACCAACAUGCCCCAACAGGAGGGAGAGGAUAACAUGGUGAUGAAAGAUGGGUUCUAUGCUCCUGCGGCUAACGUUGGCGUGACUCCUUACUAAAAAGAUAAAUAUAAUCGACAAGUGUUUGGGAGAUUCAGAUCCAAUUUCAUAAGGCUUAUGAUGUUCAAAAGUUGGGUUUCUUUUUUCUUUCUUGAACUUAUAUAAAUUAAUUAAUAUAUGCAUGCAUGUGUCUUUUUUUUUUCUGUUGUUGUAAUCAAAAUCUUGCUAAUUAAUGUUCUUAUGUUACAUUUCAUCUGUAGUUGUUUAAUUUACCACAAUGUUUUAUUA